CACAAUUGUUGCGUUUCUGCUUGAAUCUAUAUAAUUAAAAUCUUUGGCAUCCAUUGCACAGCGGGUGUACGGCUUGUUAAGACAAUAUUUUGUGAACAAAUAAACCCCCAGUAUGCGUUCUCUAUACCGCCAUUUCUUUUUUGCUAUCAGUUUCUACGUAACGUAAGUCAUGUCUGUCCGUCAAAGCGAUAUCACUGCUGCUGUUGUUCAGCCUGUCGGUCCCUUUUCCGCAGACUCCCCUGCUGUCAUCUUGCGAAAGCAUGGUGAUAUUGCUUGCUUCAUCAAAGAACAGAAUAGUGUUAUCACGAAUGCCACCGGGAAACUAAAUUAUGUAUCUCAGGCAAGAAGCGCCGCACUUGCCCCUAUUCGCCGUGGUUGCACGGCCACAAUUUCGGCUUCAUUGUUCGCUGCCGACUAUGGUCAUGUGAAGGUGACCUAUCAUUGGAAGGACGACGGCCAUAACCUUGGAGGACUGCUUACUGGCUCGCUCAACCCUAACCUUCUAGAUCGAUUAUAUGACGAGCAGGUGCAGUACAACUUUACUGGGCUAAAAUGAAUGAGAUGCUUCGUAUGAACAACGCUACGUUGACGAAGAUAAAACAAUCUUCCAUGUGACUUUGAAUGUUGGGCUCUUGUCUCAGAAAGCUUUUUCGAUCGGCUACACGCACGAUACAACAUGAUGCAACGAACUUGGAAGAAGAAAUUACAGCUUAAAACGUCCAUGUGAGUUUGGCUUUGUGGCCGCAGAAGACCGAUCACGAUUGUUUCCUCAUGCUAUUUGACGGUCGAUAAUUGUUUUCAAGAGUUAAUGGCAGGUUUGGGGUGAGUGUAUAGAUUGGGUCAUUUCUUUAUAACAGCAAAGUCUUCGAAAUAAAUAAAUGUCC